UUGUAGACUAGGCUGGCCUCGAACUCACAGAGAUCCGCCUGCCUCUGCCUCCCAAGUGCUGGGAUUAAAGGCGUGCGCCACCACUGCCCGGCCUAUAAUACAUGUUUUGAGAGUUUUUUUUUUUUUUUUUAAGCUAGGUAACUUUCAUUUCUCAACAAAACCCAGAAUAUUUAAGUAGGUAAUAAAUUUUCCCUUCUCAGUGUGAACUGUUUGUUUUUAGUGGUGGACAAGUACUUGCUGGGUCUGCACAUUUUACUUUCUCUGCAGAAUUUCUUAAGGCAAAGAGUAAAAUGCUCUCUGUGCCUGCCAAUAAUUUGUAGUUUGAGCAGGGCAUAGUGGCACAGGCCUGUAGUCCCACUACUACUGGGGAGUUGAGGCAAGAGAAUUUCAACUUAGUGGCCAGCCUUGGCAAUAGAUAAAGAUCUCUCCAAAACAAAAAAACCAAACCCUAGCAAACCAAUGCCCACAUUUGGAGCUCAAGCUGACCCUAUCUCACUAUAAAACAGCCUGGGCUGGAGUGUCAGCAGCUUAUUUUAGUAGGAGAUACAAGGCCUUAGGUUUGUCCCCAUCUCCCUUAGACAAGCUGACAGGUAAAGGAAAGCUGUGCUGGGGAAAUGUUUUCUAUACCAGCUUGUCCUACAGUUAGUUACCUGUCCACCCUUCUGCCCUCACGUUUUCCCUGCUUUCUAAGAGACUUUAAAAGUCAGCUGUAGUUUUGGCUGUGAUUUGUAGCUGACAGUAAAUGUACUUGGUAUUUGGGAGCUUUAGUGGUUGGCAACUCUUCUCAAUGCCUCAAGCAUAAUUAAUUAUUGGAUUAUGCUUGAGGCACUGAGAAGAGUUGCCUGCACAUGGUAAAUACUCAAUAAAACAAUAGUCGGAUUCAUUUUGUGUAGUGUUAAUUUAUCUUCAAAGAAACAGUUUCUUCAAUAUUGUUCAGUAAAGGAUGCCAACUUCUAUUGAUAAGGCAUGUAUGAUUUCUUGUUAUUGCUGUGCUGAGAAUUGAGACUAUGGACUUGAAUAUGCCAGGUAUGCACUCUGUGGUUAUGCUAUAUCACCAGUCCUUUAAUUUUAGAUAUAAGAUAAAAUGAUAUGCAAAACAGCUGCUGAAAAGAGAAAAAGGUGUAUUGUCACAUGGUACAUAAUGUAGGGUAGUGUGUGAAACUUGCUGCUAUGAUCAAAUGCUUGAGAACAGCUUGAAGAAGAGGUUUGAUUCAUUGUGACUGGAGGAUAUGGUAGCAAAACAGCUCACAUCAUAUAGCUCACAUCUCUGGGAAGCAGAGCAAUAACAGGAAGGGGCUAGGGCAAGAUAAAGCCCCCUCAGUAAUACCCCUUUUCUAUGACCUGUUCUUCAAUCAGGUCUCACUUCCACAGUUCAACCGACUCCCAAUAGUCUUUCUCUAGUUCAGAGAUGAUCUUGUCUCUGACAAACAUUUCCCUUUAGUUACUUAAUAUAAGUGGUUCUCACUCCAAUACUCAGAGUAUUUAGAGUCUUUCAGGUUUUCCUUUUUAGAGCAAGGAAUUUUGUUACAGAAAAUAUUGGUGUUGGUGGGCAUCACAGUUUGUUAAUCAUCCUUAGCAUAUACACAGCUACACAGCUCAGGUGUGGGAGUCACAGCACAACAACACCAUUAAAAGAUAAUGUAUUCAUUUAUGGAAUGCUGCCAUAGAUUUCUUGGGGGGUUUUUUGUUUGUUUUGUGUUUUGUUUUUUUUUGGGGGGGGUUGGCUUUUUUGAGACAAGGUUUCUCUAACUUUGGAGCCUGUCCUGGAACUAGCUCUUGUAGACCAGGCUGGUCUCAAACUCACAGAGAUCUGCCUGCCUCUGCCGCCCUAGUGCUGGGACUAAAGGCUUGCGCCACCACCGCCUGGCUUGAGGGUUUUAAUACAGUAUAUAAUAAUAUAUAUCAUAUUGUUACCAGGAAGAAGUCUCAGUGAAUACUGAAAUCCUCCUGUGUUUAAUUUUCCAUACACUUUUAUACCCCAAUACCACAGGGGGAAGAAGACAAAAGACUGCUUUAACAUGAUACAAAGGACAAUUAGAACAGUUACUUGCUUCAAUACUUUGAGACAUGAAGUCAUUAGCAUUCUCUUGUUUAGGCAGUAAACCCAUCCUAGACCAAGUAUCCUGAAGGUAGCCAUUCCCAAGGUCAAACCUCCUAUUAUUUCAAAAGAAGGAGCAGAAGUACACUUGAAUAUCCUGACCAGACAGGAAGUAGAGGUGGGUCAAUGAGAACAGGAGAAUUCUGGGAAGAAGGAAGUCCUGGUCUGCAGUCCUGUCCCAGUCAUAGAAGAAACAAGAUGUAACUGCCCUGCUGAAUAAGGUACCAAGCCACGUAGCUAACACAGAUAAGAAUAAUGGGCUAAUAUAAGUUGUAAGAGUUAUGAAGCCUGAGAUACUGGGCCAAUCAGUUUAUAACUAAAACAAAAAAAUAUAUCCUGACCAUUUUUCAGGGUGGAGUGGAUCUACCUGUAUGAGCCAUCUUAAUGUCAAAAAACACCAAGUAACCACACCCUCAGUCACAAUGUGUAGCCAAUUUGUUGUCGACAAGGUUGAAAUAGACUUGCAUUUUUGGGCCUCCACAACCUUUACACCUGUUUUUGUUACUUCCACAAUUAACUUACUAGACACCUGACUGUAUUAUUAUUAGUUUCAGCAAUUGUGUAGUUUGGCCAGAAGAUACAUUGUGAGCUCUUUGUCACCCUAAAUAAUUGAUACUUUGAGGAAAAGCAGUGGUUCCAAUGAUCAUAACAUAGAUGUUUUAUGUUAAAAUUACUUUCCUUUCUGAUUUUGCAGUUCAGGGUUAUGAAAUUUUAAAUUGAGGUAGUUUGGGUAGCCACCUAUUUGGAUUUCCCUCUUCAUUUUCUGGUUUGUAAUUCCUUUGACACCACAUGUUAGAAAUACCAAGUUUCUAACUCCAAACAUUUUUUAAAUUAAACUUUUAAUUCAUUUGAAUUUUUGCUUGUUUAUAAAUUGUAUUAUUGCUUGUUUUGCAUGUAUGGGUGUUUUGCCUGCAUGUGCAUUGUGUCAUGUAUAUGCAGUGCUGAAGGAGGCCAGAAGAGUGCUCCAGUCCCCUGGAAAUAGAGUUAAAGAAGUUCUGCAGAAAACCUACUGAACAUAAGAUGUUGCAACAAAAUCUACCUCCUGUAUUUUUCCCUUUUAUUCAUGAGCUGCACAGUUGCAGAUCUGAGCAGGAUGUCUGGAGACUCUGUUGAAAAACUCUAGCGCAGGAUGACCUAGCAAAGACUGUAAGCCUCAGGAUACUUCGGAUUGCGUCAGUUCUGGUUGAGUGCUACAGAUAACAGCAAGUGGACGCCCUCCUUUAUUUCGGAAGUAUUCCUCUGACCUUCCAUCAAGACGGACUUUUCUAACGUGUUCUGGGAGAUAUUGAUGGAAUGCAGUCAUGUCCACUCAGGAGGAAAGGCAGGUCAAUACCGAGUAUGCUGUGUCCUUGUUGGGGCAGUUGAACCUGUUUUACCAACAGCAGUUGUUUACUGACAUAGUGUUAAUCGUUGAGGGCACUGAGUUCCCUUGCCAUAAGAUGGUUCUUGCAACAUGCAGCUCCUAUUUCAGGGCCAUGUUCAUGAGUGGACUAAGUGAAAGCAAGCAGACGCAUGUGCACCUGAGGAAUGUGGAUGCUGCGGCCCUGCAGAUGAUAAUAACCUAUGCAUACACGGGGAACUUGGCAGUGAAUGACAGUACCGUAGAGCAGCUCUACGAAACAGCUUGCUUCCUGCAGGUUGAAGAUGUAUUACAGCGUUGUCGAGAAUAUUUAAUUAAAAAAAUUAAUGCAGAGAACUGUGUUCGGUUGUUGAGUUUUGCUGAUCUCUUCAGUUGUGAAGAGUUGAAGCAGAGUGCUAAAAGAAUGGUGGAGCACAAGUUCACUGCUGUCUACCACCAGGAAGCCUUCAUGCAGCUGUCCCACGACCUGCUGAUAGACAUUCUCAGCAGUGACAACCUAAACGUCGAGAAGGAAGAGACAGUCCGAGAAGCUGCGAUGCUGUGGCUGGAGUACAACACAGAAUCACGAUCCCAGUAUUUGUCUUCGGUUCUUAGCCAAAUCAGAAUUGAUGCACUUUCAGAAGUCACACAGAGAGCUUGGUUCCAGGGGCUCCCGCCCAACGAUAAGUCUGUUGUGGUUCAAGGUCUUUAUAAGUCUAUGCCCAAGUUUUUCAAACCAAGACUUGGGAUGACUAAGGAGGAGAUGAUGAUUUUCAUUGAAGCAUCAUCAGAAAACCCUUGUAGUCUUUACUCUUCUGUCUGUUAUAGCCCCCAGGCAGAGAAAGUUUACAAGUUAUGCAACCCGCCAGCUGAUUUGCAUAAGGUUGGGACAGUUGUAACCCCUGAUAAUGAUAUUUACAUAGCAGGGGGCCAGGUGCCCCUGAAAAACACAAAAACAAAUCACAGUAAGACAAGCAAACUGCAGACCGCCUUCAGAACUGUGAAUUGCUUUUACUGGUUUGAUGCACAACAAAAUACCUGGUUUCCAAAGACGCCGAUGCUCUUUGUCCGCGUGAAGCCAUCCUUGGUUUGCUGUGAAGGCUAUAUCUAUGCAAUUGGAGGAGACAGUGUUGGUGGAGAACUCAAUCGGAGGACUGUAGAAAGAUACGACACUGAGAAGGACGAGUGGACAAUGGUGAGCCCCUUACCCUGUGCUUGGCAGUGGAGUGCAGCCGUUGUGGUCCAUGACUGCAUUUAUGUGAUGACAUUGAACCUCAUGUACUGUUACUUUCCGAGGUCUGACUCAUGGGUAGAGAUGGCCAUGAGGCAGACUAGCAGAUCUUUUGCUUCAGCUGCAGCUUUUGGCGACAAAAUUUUCUAUAUUGGAGGGUUGCAUAUCGCUACCAAUUCUGGCAUAAGACUCCCCUCUGGCACUGUGGAUGGGUCUUCAGUAACUGUGGAAAUUUAUGAUGUGAAUAAAAACGAAUGGAAAAUGGCAGCCAACAUCCCUGCUAAAAGGUACUCUGAUCCCUGUGUUAGAGCUGUUGUGAUCUCAAAUUCUCUUUGUGUGUUUAUGCGAGAAACUCACUUAAAUGAACGAGCUAAAUACGUCACCUACCAGUAUGAUUUGGAACUUGAUCGGUGGUCUCUGCGGCAGCACAUAUCUGAACGUGUACUGUGGGAUCUAGGGAGAGAUUUUCGAUGCACUGUGGGGAAGCUUUAUCCAUCCUGUCUUGAAGAAUCUCCAUGGAAGCCACCAACUUACCUUUUUUCACCAGAUGGAACUGAGGAGUUUGAACUGGACGGAGAAAUGGUUGCGCUUCCCCCUGUAUAGGGGAAUUGAAGGGGUGCACAUGCUGGACUAGUGAUAUCCUUUGUUAAACCAGAGGAUAUAAAAGGACUAAGUAUGAGUACAUAAAAAUCUAUCUUUGAUACAUUUUAUUUUUAUGACCUACUUAAUAUUUGCAUCAGUAUAAUAUAUAUAUCAGUGUGUCAUACAGAAAGAUAAUGCUUCUGUAAUAUGAAUAGGUUAUUUGAUAAUUGAGAGACUUUGAUGUGUAUCAUGUGAGCAUGAGAGUCUGGAUUAUCUAACAUUGUUAGCCCUGUGUAUGUACAGUCCAGAACUUCACUUUUAAAAGGAAUUUCCUGUUCCUAGUGUGGUAUACCAAAAUUGUGCUGAGAUUAUUUUAGUAUAUGUAUUGAAUUCCUGUAAUUCUAAAGUCCUGGAAUAUAGUUUUUCUAGCAUAAUUCAGCUGCACUUAACACUAAUGUUCAUGUCAGUCUAGAAACGUCUUUCAAGUCCUAUACUGUUGCUGAGGAAGAUCUCCUCUGUGUCUAUGGUAUCACACAGGGAAGCUGUGACUGCAGGACCAGUCUCACUCUUCUACUAGGUGCAUGUAUUCCCUUCCCACUGACUAUACUUGUCCAUCUAGAAUACAGGUUGUCCAGUCAGCUGGUCACUUACCAGGUGCGGACUUAAAUUGCUGGGCUUGCAAAUGAAUUGCUAGUCCCUCAUUGUGCGGGUCAUUGUGGAGCUUUGGUCGGUAAAUGUCUCCACUUUCCAUAUUACAUUAACGUUGGCUCAUGCAUAUAACCACCUGCUGCUGAUGUAGUUCUCCAUCUUAAAAAGAUUUAGAAUGGAUUAACCAGGUCAUUACAUCUUAAUUUAAUAAUGAGCAUUACUGUAGAGUGAUUGUGUGUAGGUAUCUCUUAGGUAUGUUUUUUAACCUGAUGUGUGUAUGUUUGGGGGGUGGGGUAGGAAGGUGAGCUGUGCAGGAAUUGUCAGCACUGAGUAUGCAGGAGAGCAAACACUAGCACUGCUCAGGCAUUAAUCCCAGGAACCACUAGCAGCUGUGGGGCGCCACCAAUGCAACGUGAGCACGGGUGCCUCGUGACAAACAUUGCUGGCAUGUUCAACUGCAUAAUGCUCUGGCACUGUAUUUUGAAUGACAUUAAUUUAUUAAAUAAAUUGUAUAUAAUCAGUA